AUGGCUGUUCACGAUGUGGUGGAGGUUGAUGAAGUUGCCGAAGAUUAUUUAAGUGACGUAGUUAUUAUGGGAUCCCUACGACAGCUAGUUGUAACAGCUUGGGAUGGUACGCUUUCAAUAUAUGAUUAUGAUGAACAAGAAAGAAGGGUUAGUCUGAAUACUGUGCUGCGACAUGCUUUCCCAUUAUUGAGCUGCUGCGUACUUUUCCCCAGUGGUGGUUACAAGCCAGAGAUAUAUUGUGGUGAUGUACAGGGCCAAGUCCUAUUGGUAGAUUUAGAAUUGGGAAAAUUCAUACCAAUGGGGGGCAAUACAGCUCAGUUGGGAAUUUCCAGUCUUUGCAGUUAUAAGAAUCAAGUCAUAUGUGGAUCUUGGGAUGGCUUUUUACAAGUUAUUGAUUGUCGAAGUCAAAAUGUUGUGUAUCAGCAGCGGUUGAAUGAUAAAAUAUUGAGCAUAGAUGCACAUGGAGACAAGCUGGUAGUUGCCACUACGAAGAAUACGGUGCUUUGGUGGAAAUUGCCCUUGCAGGCUAGUGAUUUUGGUGCAGAAGUGGAAUCAGGACUAAAGUUUCAGACAAGACGUAUAAAAUUGACACCGAGAGGUGAUGGAUACGUUUCCAGCUCAUUGGAUGGACGUGUGGCUGUAGAAUUUUUCCAAGAUGAUACAAAGAAGUUUGCCUUUAGAUGUCAUCGAAUGAAUUUGGCUGAUACGAGUUUUGUAUUCCCCGUCAAUGCAUUAGCGUUUGUACCGAAUUCCACUAUUCUAUAUACUGGUGGAUCAGAUGGAUGUGUGUCUUGUUGGAAUUUAGCUACGAGAAAGAAAGUGGAUCAAUUGGCAAAAUUUAAUGAAAACAGUGUCGUACAGCUGGACUGUGACGGUAAAAUUCUUUGUGUGGCCACUUCUGAUGACUCUUUCAAAACGAAUGCAGUUGUUAACCAAGAUACGGAAUUACAAGCUAGUAGACUCUAUUUAGUAUUCUUAAACUAG